AUGAAGUCCACCUUCGUCUCCGCGAUCGUGCUGCUUGCCGGCCACGCCGCGGCUCAUAUGGCCAUCACCUACCCGCCGCCCCUGCGAUCCAAGCAGAACCCCUUCGCCGGUCAGGACAUCGACUACAGUAUCACCAGCCCUCUGAGCGCUUCUGGCAGCGACUUUCCCUGCAAGGGCACCUUGAACCUUCUCGGCACCGCUGCGGCCUCUCCCGUUGCUACUUGGCAGGCCGGCCAGCAGUACAACAUGACCAUCGCCGGCGGUGCCAACCACAACGGCGGUAGUUGCCAGGCUUCCCUCUCCUUCGAUAGCGGCAAGACCUUCACCGUCAUCCACAGCUACAUCGGCAACUGCCCUGUCGCAGGCACUUCGUCUCUCACCUUCACCUUGCCUGCCGACACCCCUUCUGCCAAGGACGCCCUGUUCGCCUGGACUUGGUUCAACAACGUCGGCAACCGAGAGUUCUACAUGAACUGCGCCGUCAUCACCACCACUGGCGGAGGUGGCAGUGCUUCCACUCCCUUCGCCAGCCGUCCUCAGAUCUUCAAGGCCAACAUCGCCAACGGCUGCAGCACCGUCGAGGGAUCCGACGUUCUGUUCCCCAAUCCCGGCCCUCCUGGAGACGUCACCAACGCCGGCACCAAGACCGCUGCCCCCGUCGGCACCUGCGACGUCGCAGUCGGUGGUGGUAGCUCUGGAGGUGGUAGCAGCAGCUCUCCUAGCAGCUCUGCCAACGCUGUCGCUCCUGCCCCGUCCGCUCCGGCCGCUUCUCAAGUCUCUCAGCCGAGCUCCCAGUCGACUACUCGCGCUGCCGGAGGUGCCUCUUCAUCUGCUGGACUCCCUGGCGGUGUCUUCCUCACUGUUCCGGCCUCUAGCAACUCUGCCGUUGCCUCUGCCCGACCGACCACACUUGCGACCGUCAGCAUUCCCGCUUCACCCAGCGAAGAGUGCACCGAAGGAUCUGCGGCACCCACCGCCGUGCCUGCUCCCACUUCGGCAGUCGUUCCCUCAGCCGCCCCCUCGGCUGCCCCCUCUGCCGCUCCAUCGGCAGCUCCCUCGCCUGGCGCCGGAUCUGGUGAUGCAGCAGACGGCUCCAUGACUCCCGGCAAGGCCUGCACCCCCGAGGGCCAGUGGAACUGCGUCUCCGGCACUCAUUUCCAGCGUUGUGCCUCUGGACAGUGGUCGGUGCUCAUGAGUAUGGCUCCUGGCACCAAAUGCCAGUCUGGCACAACCGAGGUCCUGGUCUGGCAGAAGAAGAGAGCCCACGGUCGCCGCUCCCUCCGCGCUAGACACCACAUCUAA